CCUGGCACGCCCAGGGCAGCUUCUGGAGCACACAGCAGCGCACACCAGAACCUGCCUGCAACCAUGGGGCCACACCGCCUUUGUGCACAGCUUGGCACCAUCACCUGCGGACUCCUGCUGCUCUUCCUGCCAGGCCAAGGCCAGGACUCCACAAGCCCCAUCAGGACCACGCACUCUGGGCAGGUGCGAGGAAGCCUGGUCCACGUGGAAGGCACCGACGUGGGAGUCCACACCUUCCUGGGCAUUCCCUUUGCCAAGCCACCUCUGGGGCCACUGCGCUUUGCACCUCCUGAACCUGCCGAAGCUUGGAGUGGAGUGAGGGAUGGCACCUCCCAUCCAGCCAUGUGUCCACAGAACAUUGCUAUGAUGGAACAUGAUGUUAUGAACAUGACGUUGACACUACUGUCCAUUCCCAUGUCCGAGGACUGCCUGUACCUCAGCAUCUACGUGCCUGCCCAUGCACAUGAGGGCUGCAAGCUGCCUGUCAUGGUAUGGAUCCACGGAGGUGCACUGGUUGUAGGCAUGGCUUCCAUGUACGAUGGCUCCAUCCUGGCAGCCUUUGAGGAUGUGGUGGUGGUCACCAUUCAGUACCGCCUCGGCAUCCUGGGAUUCUUCAGCACCGGAGACCAGCAUGCCAGUGGCAACUGGGGCUACCUGGACCAAGUGGCUGCACUACGCUGGGUGCAGCAGAACAUUGCCCACUUUGGAGGCAACCCUGACCAGGUCACCAUAUUUGGCGAGUCUGCUGGCGGUGUAAGCGUGUCCUCACAUGUAUUGUCACCCAUGUCGCAAGGGCUCUUCCACAGAGCCAUCAUGGAGAGUGGGGUGGCCGUGCUGCCUGGGAUGAUCACCAGCUCAUCCGAGAUGAUCUCCUCAGUGGUGGCCAACCUGUCUGGCUGUGGCCAGGUGGACUCUGAGACCCUGGUGGGCUGCUUGCGUGCCAAGAGUGAAGAGGAAAUAGUGGCGAUGACCAAGACCUUCACGAGCAUCUCCGCGGUGGUGGAUGGCAUCUUCCUGCCCAGACACCCCUAUGAGCUGCUGGCCUCUGCUGACUUCCAACCUGUCCCCAGCAUCAUUGGCAUCAACAACGAUGAGUAUGGUUGGAUCAUCCCCAAGGUCAUUGCUGCUGGAGAAUCCCAGAAGGAAAUGGACAGAGCAGCCAUGGAGGCACUAAUACAUCAAACAUCUGAACAGUGGAUGCUGCCUCCUGCCAUAGAGGAGCAACUGCUGGACGAGUAUCUGGGUGACAAUGAGGACCCCAAGACCCUCAUGACUCAGUUCCAGGAGAUGAUGGCCGAUGCCCUGUUCGUGAUACCUUCGCUCCAUGUCGCACAUUUUCAGCGUUCCCAUGCCCCUGUCUACUUCUACGAGUUCCAGCAUUCACCCAGCUUCAUGAAGAACUUCCGCCCACCCCACGUGAGGGCUGACCAUGGUGAUGAGCUUCUCUUUGUCUUCAGAUGCAUUUUCUUUGGGGGAAAAGUGACUCUCACUGAGCAGGAGGAGCUGCUGAGCAGGAGGAUGAUGAAGUACUGGGCCAACUUUGCUCGCACCGGGAACCCCAAUGGUGAGGGCCUGCCUCACUGGCCCAUCUUGGACCAGAAGGAGCAGUACCUGCAACUGAGGGUGCAGCCUGCAGUGGGCCAGGCCCUGAAGGCCCACAGGCGCCAGCUCUGGGAUCAAACCCUGCCCCAGAAGAUGCAGGAGCUAAUGGGGGUUUUGCAGGGACAUACAGAACUGUAACUGUUGUGUCAAAAAGGGGGGACCCUUGUCCCACCUACUAAGGGCUGUCACUCACCUUCCCUCAUCCCCUCAGCACACCCUUGUGGAGCAUCUGCUGCCAAGGUUCCCUGCCCUGCCUGCCCUGGGUGCCCUGUGCCAGAUGCACUCAAAACUCCUUUCGUGAGGCUAUACCUAUUAACUCCCACAGAAGCCCACCUUCCUCAUCUCCUACUGGCCCUAGGUCCCUCCUGCUCUUCUCACCUCCCCCUCCUCACUUUCUCUCCCCACCCUCUGUCUCCUAUCUUCCCAGCCCCCAAGUCCUCCCCACUCAGCGCAAGCUGCUUUGGGGUUAUUGCCCACCCUUGGAUGUCAGAAACCCUCAUCUUCCUCCCAACAUGCCCUAUGAGCUCACAUUUGUAAGAGGCCCGUAGGAGACCCGGGCACGGGGAGCUGCCAUGCCCUGGUGCCCUCAGGCUUCUGAAGUGAGAAUACAGUACCUGGGGGUCCCCAGAAGUACAUUAUUUUGCUGCUCAAACAUCUGGGUGCAGGUGCCAGCAUGUGGAUUUUCUUCCUGAUUCAGGGGUGA